AUGAGCCUCGCGCGAUUACGCGCGAUUUGGUCGACGCUGGCCGACCGCGCUGGCCGAACGUCGGGACAGUCGCCCCUCAGCCGGACAGGAAGAUACGCCGGUUUCUGGCAAGUUGCCAAGAGGAAUUUGGCCCCGGAUUUUCUGCUCUCUUACAAAGACACGUCAUCUGUUGGCGAUCGAGGCUUCGCUCUUCCAACGAGGAAAUUCGUCGUUUUCAUCCUCGGGUCCUCGGAGGGAGGCAAUCGUUGGUCCUGGGAUAAACAGAUUUAG